AUGUCUGUCCCUAGCCGCACCUUUACCCUCAACACAGGAGCCAAGAUCCCCGCGCUCGGCCUCGGAACCUGGCAAUCCAAGCCCAACGAGGUCUCUGCCGCCGUGACCGCCGCCCUCAAGGCCGGCUACCGCCACAUCGACACCGCCGCGGCCUACGGCAACGAGAAGGAAGUCGGCGAUGGCAUCAAGGCCUCGGGCGUGCCCCGCGACCAGAUCUGGAUCACGACCAAGCUGCACAACCCCGACCACAAGCGCGUGCCCGAUGCGCUCAACGACUCGCUGGCCAAGCUCGGCGUCGACUACAUUGACCUCUGGCUGAUCCACUGGCCCGCGUCCAUGGUCCCCGGCGAGAAGAAGGUCUAUGAGGACUGGGACUUUGUCAACACCUGGCACGACAUGCAAAAGGUCCUUGACUCCGGCAAGGUCCGCAACAUUGGCGUCUCCAACUUUGCCCAGCGCAACCUCGAGAAGCUGCUCGCACACCCGGACACCAAGGUCGUUCCCGCCGUCAACCAGAUCGAGCUGCACCCGUGCAACCCCUCGCCCAAGCUCGUCGCCUUCAACACCUCCAAGGGCAUCCACAGCACCGGCUACUCGUGCCUCGGCAGCACAGACUCGCCCCUCUACACUAACAAGACGCUGCUCGAUCUUGCUGCCUCGCUCGGCAAGACUCCCCAGCAGGUCCUCCUCCAAUGGGGCAUUGCUAAGGGCUGGAGCGUCAUCCCCAAGUCGGUCACCAAGGAGCGCAUUGAGGCCAACGGUGCUCUUGCGGGCUGGGAGCUGACUGCCGACGACAUUGCCAAGAUUGAUGCCAUUACUGACCGCUUCAAGGUCUGCCACGACGAGUGGUUGCCCAUCCGCGUCUUCUUUGGCGACGACGAGUAA